UAGUUAAAGCGAUAAUUUUAUUGUUGCAUUUGUUGUCUUGCAACAAUAUUCCCUCCUUACAGCAUGAAAUCACAAAGUCCAGCAACAAACAAAACAAAUUAACCAACUGUUUUUUUCGAAACACAAUGAUUACAUCGUCUAUACCAAUGUUUGGUCCUACUCCUCCUCGCACUCGCCGCCCUCCCCAACUAUAUACAUUCACUAUACUCCCCACCUCCCUUUCCAAAAAGAUGGAGGUGUCGAUGCGCCCCAACCGAAUUAGAAGCGGUUACGAGCCAUCCGACACGGAAAACGAGAACGAGCAUGAACACGAAUACGAACACAACAACAAUGGCAUCGCGUACGACCAUAUACGCAGCAGAAGCCCUCUGCCUACCUCCACUCCGAGCCCUGCUCCGAGAAGGCACAGCAAGUCCCCUUACCGACCGCGCACCAACUCUGAUCUCCCGCGCAGAACCUACUCUGAUCUCCGCAUGUCCGUCUCCCAACGCAGACAUACCAACGGGAACGACUGCCCCUUCUCGCAAUCCGAGCGCAGGACUAAUAAUCUCCACCGCAACGAGAGCCCAUUCUCAUCAUCAGAGAGAAGAAGAUACUCUUCUCCUUUAAAGGACGACGCGAGCCUGGGGCGGAAGGAGCGGUCUAGUGGCUACAGCAGAAGGGCCGCAUCCGCCCCCCGGUCGAGGCUGAGGCCGAGAAGCAAAGAGAUGAACAUGGAAGAGCAGAAGCUGCCUUCUGUUGGAGAGAUCAAUGAAAUGGUCGCCAACGCUAACAUGAGGUCCAAUGGAGGAGAUGUUAACUUAGACAGCAUGGACUCCAUCUUCUUUUCCCGCGCAGCGAAUCAGCCGUCUGCUCUGCCUAAGCCGCCCGGUAGAAGCUCUGCCUCUUCCAGUAAUCAGAAUUCUAACUGGAGCUCUCUUAUGAGCAGGCAGAGUAGUAACAUAAGUGACACGAGCGGGCGGACGAGUGGCAGCACUGCCAGAUUCGUCGCCAGCAGAAGGAAGAAUCAGUCGGAAACGACAUGGUUCUUGUGCAUCAAGAAGGGCUCUUGCAAGACCUCUAUCAAGUCACCCGUGAAGGAGAGGCCAUUCGAUGAGGCUUCUUUUAUUAGCAAGGCUGUCGUGGUCGAGAGCUUGAGGCCGCUCUGGGCUGAUAAGCAUCAGCCUCUUUCCUUGACCAGAUUCGCUUGCCACAAGAAUGAAGCUCAGCUUCUUCUCCAGCUCGCGAACGGUGAAAUAUUUCCACAUAUUUUGCUCAAAGGGCCGCCCGGUACUGGUAAGAAGGCUCUCACGUUGGCUCUUCUCCGCGAGCUCUAUGGUGAUCCUGUUUGGAAUAUAUCUCAUGACUUGAGAUACUUUCACAUUUUGGAAUCAAGGCCGAUCCAAGUAGUCGUCCCUGUAAGUUCGAGUCCCCACCACGUGGAACUCAAUGUCUACACAGAGUCCAAAGCCGCAUAUGCACUGACAGCUCUAGUGAAGCAAAUCAGCAGCGAGUAUGCCGUCAUCCCUGAAAUCAGUGUAGCUCCUAACAAGGCACAUUACAAAGUAUUGGUUCUAUAUGAUGUUGAUAAGGCUGCAGAGAACAUACAACAUCUCAUAAAAUGGAUCAUGGACUGUUACUCGGAUUGUUGCAAGCUUAUCCUUUGCUGCGAGGACGACACACACGUCCUCGACUCUGUCAAGAGCCGCUGCAAACACAUCAAUAUUGAACCCUCCACAACUCAUCAAGUAAUGGAGGUCCUCAUCCAGAUCGCCAAGAAGGAAGGUUUUGAAGUAUCGACGAGUUUUGCUUCAAAGAUUGCAAACAAAUCAAAGCAAAAUUUGAGGAGAGCAAUCAUGGCACUUGAAGCUUGCAAAUUGCACAACUAUCCUUUUGCAGACGACCAACACAUACCCGUUGCAUGGGAAGAGGCCGUGGUGGAACUUGCUGCCCACAUUUUGGCAGAUCCUUCUCCAAAGAGGUUAUUGACUGUGAGAGCAAAGAUUCAAAAAAUUCUGGCAGAUUUUGUCCAUCCAAAACUAGUACUCCUGAAACUCGUUGAACAACUCCUUCGAGGAGUCGAUGCCAGUUUGAAAAGGGAAAUAUACUAUUGGUAUGCAUACUAUGAUAAGAAACUCCCUAGUGGAGCAAGUGCUUUACUCAAGUUAGAAGAAUUUGUGGCAAAGUUUAUGAGCAUAUAUAGGAAGAGUUCCAACAAUCUGCGUUAGUUAAUCUGAACUGCAUGGAGAAGAUACACUGCAUUCAGCCAUGGGGAAGAGUUCUCUAUUUCUAAGAAGAGAUAUAUACAAAUGUGAAGAGCAGAGCAGAGGACCAUUUUUUUUCGAUUAACAUGAUUUUAUCGGUCCCUGCUGAUAUGCCUUUGUAUAGAUCCUUUAUUUCAGAUAAGGCAUGAUCGAUCGAUACAUUGGUAUCUCAGAUACAGAUAGAUUAUCACGAAAUACUACGAUUGACCUCAUACAUUUAGUGUUUGUACAAAUAAGAGCACGGAACACAUUUUUCAUGAUUUUUUUUUUCAGAAAUUGUAAUUUUAUGAGUUUAAGUGCAUCCACUCUAAUA